AUGAUCAGUUUGAUUUACAGCCACAUAAAAAUCAAUACGGAUGACCUCGCAGACGAUCUCGCGGAAGACCUCACAGAAGACCUUGUGAAAGACCUUGCAGAAGACCAACAAUUUCUAGAAUAUGAAGAUCAAAGAUCUGAGGAUGAUUUUUUUUUAAAUAAGGAUAAUGAAGUUGCAGAAAUUAUUUCUGAUCUGUUAUUAAACAAUGAUUCUGAAGCCUCCAAAAUAGCCCAGACCAUGGAAAGAUAUAUUCAAAUUAUUGAUGAACCCAUUGCUACAGAAGGGGCUAAAGAAAAUAAUCAAGAACAGGAAAGUGACGAUGAUGAUAAAGAGCCACCUCCUCCACCCGUAACAGCUAAAGAGGUACAUAAUGCGAUACAAACUAUUUUGCACUAUGAAGAACAGACUAAUUCAGAAUUGAACCUUGAGCCCAAUGAAUUAGAGUUUUUGCGAAAAUUGAACAAUAAUUACAGGCAUGCACAUAAAAAGUCCAAAAAGCAAAUGCAAAUUACAAGUUUUUUUAUUUCUGAAUAUUUAUAA